CCGCCUUUCCCGGAUAUUACGUAAGCAAUCCACCGGACGCAGCUGUUGUUCAACAAACAUGGCGUCGGUUACAACAGCUACAUCCGAGUGGAUUCAGUUCUUCAAAGACGCAGGAAUCCCCCCAGGCCUGGCGGUGAACUAUGCCGUCUCCUUUGUGGAUAACAGGGAUAUGUGCAAAUUGGCCACUGAAGCAAUAUCGUCGGGCCAGACGAGUGUCCAGGCUGAGCUGCGGAGAACAGCCAACACCCCUGCCACACGCAUGAUCGCCAACAGCCUGAGCCGCGAGUCCCCCCCUGGCACCCCCGUGCGCCGGCCCGACAACCGCCAACUGUCUGUCACCGUGUCCAACAAGCAGGCGGCGAAGAGCACCAAAGCAGUGCUGUCCCGUCCGGCCGAUGAAGGCCCAGCUGUUGCCGUGAAGAGGCGCCGUGUCACCGCGGAGAUGGAGGGGAAAUACAUCAUCAACAUGCCCAAGGGUACCACGCCCCGCACCAGGAAGAUCCUGGAGGAGCAGGCGGAGAGAGAGAAACGUCUUCUUCGCACUUCGGUCUUCGAGCGGCUCGGAGCGGAGUCGAAAGCAGACACCACCACAGGCAGCAAGGUAAGGCUGGAGCUGAACGGGACACCGGCCACUGUGUCCAGAGCAUCGCAGCCCUGCGGACAAGAGAACAGGCUCUUUAAGCAACGUGACAGCCGCGUCACCAGCACCAAGAGCAAAGGCUUCACCGUCACCAUCAACCGGGCAGCCAGCAGCGCCAAGGUGAGCAGCAGCACGGGGGAGUGCCAGGGGGCACAGAUGGACAAUGCUGGCACUGUCAGCGUCUUCAAGAGGCUGGGCACCAAGAAAACCUAACCCCCCCCCCCGACCCCCUGUCCGGCAGCGCUGCAGGUUCCGGUCUGUUGUGAACGAGCGCCAGUUGUUUGUGUGGUUUUUAACAAAAAAAAAAAGAUCCGAUCAAGGACUUGGACCUUCAUCUUAAUCCCGGCCGCUGCGAUGCGCGCACACCUCGGGGGGCUUCGGGGUGACUCCGGCAUCGGCACCCCAUCCCACGCCAGUCGGAGACGGGGGGUCUGUAGACCCGGGGAACAUCCGUCUGCAUGUGUGACUGGCUUGCGGGGCCAGGAGAGGCCUGUGCCGUCGGGGGUGGGCCGAUCAGCCCUCAGCAGGCAGACGGGGCCGAUCAGUAUUCUGUACAGCCCAGAGCAGCGGAGCGUCGGUGCGAAGCAGUGUUUGGGUUCUUGGGUAAACUCCAGUUUUUAUUGUAAACAAUAAGACAUGGUCUUUUUUUUUUUUUAAGUGUCAAGGUAUCCAGAUUUCUGCCUGUGUUCUUAAAGAAAACCCUUUCUAAG